AUGGAAUUUACAACAAUGUUUAGCCAGAAUGGCAAACAAUUAACAGUGUUAGACAACUUUAAAUUCAAAUUUAAAUAUGAAUCCAAAAUAAGUGGUUAUAAAACGUGGGAAUGCACUAAUAAAUCAUGCAAGGCCAAAUUGGUGUUCAACAAGGAAAAAACUCUAAUACAAGAAAAAUCAGUUUUAUAUCAUACUCAUGAAGCAGAUUCUACAAUUGAACGUCAAGCAGUAAGGUUCCUUAGUACCGAGGAUGAUGUGAUGCCCGGCAACUAUGGAAUGAAAGAUCAAGUGAUGGCUUUACUUUGGGUACAGAGAAACAUCAUUCAUUUCAACGGUGAUCCUAGUCAAGUGACAAUAUUUGGCGAAAGAGCAGGAGGCGCUAGUACAGGAUUUCAUAUGUUAUCACCGAUGAGUAAAGGUCUUUUUCAUAAAGUUAUACUUCAAAGUGGUAGUCCAGUUUGUAAAUGGGCUGUUUCGCCUAUUGGACUUCCUCGUAAACGCGCACACGUGGUAGCACUUAUCGCUGGGUGUAAUUUCGAUACUUCCGAGGACAUAUUGCAAUGCUUGAGAAAACUAUCAGCCAACUAUAUCAUCGACCUUCAAAACAGAUUAUAUAUGAUUUUAAAAUGGACUUUUAUUGCUGUCGUGCUGUACUUAGAUUUGGGGCACUGCGUAGCACAGGAGUUGAAAAUAACCAAAGGCGUGAUUAAAGGACAAUUUUUGAAAUCCCGAAAUGGGCGGUCUUAUUAUUCUUAUACAGGAAUACCAUAUGCAAAACCACCAAUCGGAGAACUUAGGUUUAAGGCGCCAGUACCGGUGGAACGAUGGGACGGCAUAUUGGACGCUACGAAAGAAUCAAAUAUAUGUAUUCAAUCGAGAAGCACGGACGGUCUGGAAGACUGUUUGUAUUUAAAUGUAUAUUCUCCAAAAACGAAUGAAAAAUCGUUACCAGUCAUGUUUUGGAUUCACGGAGGAAGAUUUUCUGCGCUCCACGGUAGGUCUGGUCUAUUCGGGCCGGAUUAUCUUAUGGACAAGGACGUGAUAUUCGUAACAAUACACUAUAGACUUGGUAUAUUCGGGUUUCUCAGCACCGAAGAUGAUGUGAUACCCGGCAACUACGGAGUAAAAGAUCAAGUAGCCGCAUUACGUUGGGUGCAGGAAAACAUAGUGCAUUUUAACGGUGAUCCUAAUCGAGUGACAAUUUCCGGCGGAAGUUCAGGAGGUGCUUGCACAGGAUAUCACAUGUUAUCGCCGAUGAGUAAAGGUCUUUUUCAUAAAGCCAUUCUUCAGAGUGGUACACCGGUUUGCAAAUGGGCCGUUUUACCUCCUGGAAUUCCUCGUAAACGCGCCCAUGCAGUGGCAACUAUUUCAGGGUGUAAUUUCGAUACUUCCGAAGACAUAUUACAAUGUUUAAGACAAGUUCCAGCUCAAUAUUUGAUAGAUCUUCACACCAAAUUAUUCACUUGGAUUGCUUAUCCUUUCGUUUUAUUCAGUCCUGUGGUUGAAAACUGUAAUACUGGUCAGGAAGCAUUUCUUUGUCAUCAUCCAAUAUAUGACUUUCAUCAAGAGUCGUUCGUACCAGCUAUUGUUGGUUUAAAUUCAGACGAAGGGGGUUUGCUUGUUGCUGCAAUGUACAACAAUACGUCAUUAAUACAACCAGAAGUUCGUACCGAUUUUAAUCGUUUAAUAUCAAUAAUGAUGAGCUAUAAUUAUUAUACAGAACCUGAGAACAUUGACAAAAUUGGAGAAAAAGUGCGUAAAAAAUAUUUCCCAUCUGGAGGUAUAGAUGAUCAUUCACAUAUUAACGCUGUUAAAAUGUUCACCGAUUCAUGUUUUACAGAAUGUGUUAUUGAUAUGGCAUAUAAAUUGUCAUCUCCCGUGUAUAGUUAUUUUUAUAGUUAUCAAAAUGAAUUUUCUUAUAAUAAAGUGUAUGGCUCAUGUGAGAGACCCUUGGGAGUCACCCAUGGCGAUGAACUAAUUAGUAUUUUCAAAAUGAAUAGCCUAAAUCCAAACGAUUUAAAUGAAAAAGAUCUCGAAGUUUCAAAAUUACUUAUUAAUAUUUGGUAUAAAUUCAUUGAAUCUGAUAAUCCCACCAUCGAUGGAUUAGAAAAUGGUUUACCUUGGCCUGAAUUUACAAAACUAAACCAAUCGAUGAUCCUAUUCAAUUCAAGUCAUCCCAGUCUUAUUAAAAAUCCAUGUAUGGAUGCCUAUGAAUUUUGGAAAAAACUUAUAUAA